UCGAUUCUGAGCCGCUGGAUUGAUUUUGCCAAUGUCAGUCUCGUAAAUGGACAAGCGACACAGCUCCGGCUCCGGCGAGAUUGUGCUGGUUGAGAAGUCGAAGAAGGCGAGGAUUCGGAAGCUGAGUGCUAUUGGUGGAGCACAAGCGAGUUCGAGCUUCGAAAUGGUGUGUCAUGUGUUUGGUAGAGAAGACGAGGAGCUUCACAGUAAGAGGUUCAAGCUCCCCAGAAAGUGUUUAUUGAAAAACUGUGGAAUUUUUGGUUCACAGUUUUUGGGUGACUGCAAUGGGGUCCAUCUGGGUUCUGUUCCUCGGAAACUGCGUUCAGCAAUGAAGAAGCGCCAUCGUCAGUCUGCAUCUCUUGACUGCAAUGGUGUAAAGAGACCAUGCUUGAAACAAGGAGAUGGGUUUCGUAAAGAGACUGUUUCUGGGCCUAUUACAAAAGAUGAGGAAGAAGUUGCGGAGACGUUGUAUGCUUUGGCUGGAUUGGUGUUUCCUAGCAAGGAAGUAAAUGUUGAUAGCAAAGUGGACUCUGAAUGUUUUGAUGCAGAUGUGACAGAGUUGAAGAACAGUCCUACACCUGCAGUUGAAGUUGGAGACAUCAAACUGGAUCCAGUUUUGCCCCGUAAAGCUGCCAGCUCUAAUUGUCCUUCUUUUGUGGAAGGAUUAGCUAAAGGAAUCGAUCAAGUUGAUUUAUUGAAUAAACCCAGCACUCAUUAUCAGCCUGAAUUGUCAAACAGUGGCAAAUUCUGUACAGAAUCGGAUAAUAACUCCCUUCAGAGUCAAAUAAACAUUUCUUCCUUGUCAGCUAAGGUUGAAGAGUGCAAAGAUAAGCCUUUUGGCGUUGCUGUCAACUUCCGUGAUCCAUCUGAAUUAAGCUUGGAUAGUCGCAGGUUAAAGCAAACUGUGCAACAGCAGACCUCAGUUUUCGGGAGAAAGCCAGAAAUUGCAGUGGAGCUGGGAACGAACAUUGGGAUUCAAGUUCAAGAACAAAAUAUGCUCCAGGAACCGAGGGAGAAAGGUUCAGGAUUGUGGCCUGGCUUGUCUACAAAUGUCUCGCAUGGUGCUAGGAGAGAUAGCCCUGCUGCUACACUGCCCCCUUGGAUGGAUGCUCCUUGUUCGAUCUCCAAAGCGCCUGUUUCAAAUGGAUCUCCAUUUGUAAAGGUUACCAAACUUGUCAAUGGUAGAAGGUCGUGUAAGAAAUGUGCCGUUCAUGUCUACAUAAGUCAUUUGAUCCAGUCACUUAAAAGCUCUGAGAACCAAGAUAAGUUAAUGCUACAACCUAGUCAAAUCACACAUGAAGGAUCCAGACAAGGGGCUUUUUUGGGAGCUAUUACAAAUGUUCAAAGCGGUCUCAAUGAGGCUGUUUCCAGUAGUAGCAUAAGUGUCUCUACUGCUCAAAUUCUUCCACAUGAAGCCAAGAACAGCAUUCUUCAGAACAAGAAGUUCCAUCAAGAUCAGCCAUCAUCUACUUUGGCAUCUGGGGCACGCACUUCACCGAAGGAGGUGUUUGAUUUCCUUUCACUGUCAGCUGGAGGUGGCAGCUCGGAAAACAAUGAUAGAUUUAGUAGAGCUCAAUAUGGGAUGGGACCGUUGUCACAAGCCCAAGUUCCUUAUCUUCACCCUAAAAUGCAGCAUCACAACCUCAUUCCUUUCUCUUUGAACGGGUCUCACUACAACUCUUCUGCUCCCCUCGACAAUCCCUCUAUGGCACAGCAGGGCCAACUGCUACAUUCAUAUGGCAACCCAUUCUAUGGUCCUCAAGCAAAUGCCAUAGCCUUGACAAAACAACAAAUACAACAGCAACAAUUCCAUUUGCAGAAACAACAACAAUUCCAUUUGCAGCAGCAGCAUCAAUCACAUCUGCAGCAGCAACAGCAAAGGCUUUGGGCAGCUCAGUACAGGCCAGCGGGAACUAUACCAGCCUCAGCUCCCUCACCGAGCUGGCAAAGUAUAAAGCAGGACAAAUGUACAUUGAUUCAAUGUGGCCAAGCUCUCUAUUCUCCUCCCCGUUCAACAUUUGAACUAGUUGAUUCCAAGUACGCACCACUAUCUCAACAUCAGCAGCAACUAAUGGCAGUCACAUCUUCCUUUCCUCCCGGCAGCGUAAAACGGCCAGACCACCAUCUAUCUUCUGUACAUGAGGAUUCUGUAGGUGGGUACCGUGCUGCCGCCGCAAGUGCACUGCCGUUGCAGUUACUCUGCAAUGAGCGCCUCUGAUGAGUAAUGAUAAGCGACGAUCAAUGAGAAAGUUGCUGGUUAAUGCAAUUAUAUUAUUCGUUUCUUCUCUUCGGACGUGGGAGUAGGACUUGCUGCUCGACAUUGUGGUGACUUGACUCAAUAACCGAACAUUAUUUAUGGGACAAGAUAGCCCUGCGUAUGUUUCAUAGUUGGAUAAACUGCGGCACUAGAAUGGUAGGCAAGUAAGGCAACAAUGUGGUGUGCAAACAUAUAUGAGGAAUAUUGUUCAUCAUAAUGGAAAGGUUAAUUUUAUUUUUUCC